AUGGCGGGCGAGAAAUCCGAACAAAAGCUGUGGGGUGGCAGAUUUACCGGGGAAACCGACCCUUUGAUGCAUCUGUACAACGAGUCGCUGUCGUAUGACCAGAAGAUGUACGAUGCGGACCUAGACAACUCUAAGUACUACACUGAGGGGCUGCUUAAAGCGGGGCUUUUGACAGAGGAGGAGCUUAGCGAGAUCCACAGAGGCUUGGAAGUCAUUCGUUGUGAGUGGGCUGCUGAUUCUUUUGUCGAAAAAGACGGCGACGAGGAUAUCCACACGGCCAACGAGAGAAGACUGGGCGAAAUCAUUGGUAGGCACAUUGCAGGGAAGGUUCACACGGGUAGGUCCAGAAAUGACCAAGUGGCCACGGACAUGAGAAUCUACUGCCGUAAGGCCCUCACCAACCUGGAGAAAAUUCUGACGAACCUGAUCGGUGCAAUUUUGCAAAGAUCCGAGACCGAGAUUGACGCCUUAAUGCCCGGAUACACCCAUUUGCAAAGGGCCCAGCCUAUUAGGUGGUCGCAUUGGCUCAACUUAUAUGCAACGUACUUCGUAGAAGACCUCAAAAGAUUGAAACAGAUCAAAGAGAGACUCAACGUGUCCCCUCUGGGAUGCGGUGCCCUAGCGGGCCAUCCCUACGGAAUUGAUAGAGAAUACAUCGCGGGCAAGCUAGGAUUCGACGGUUGCAUCGGGAACUCGCUGCAAGCCGUGUCCGAUAGAGAUUUUGUGGUAGAAAUCCUUUUCUGGUGCUCUCUUUUCAUGAACCACAUUUCCAGGUUCAGCGAAGACCUUAUUAUCUACUCCACGGCUGAGUUUGGUUUCGUCAAGCUUUCUGAUGCAUACAGCACCGGUUCCUCAUUGAUGCCUCAGAAGAAAAAUCCAGACUCAUUGGAAUUAUUGAGAGGUAAAUCUGGUAGAGUAUUUGGCUCUUUGUCUGGCUUCAUGAUGUCUUUGAAAUCCAUUCCUUCUACGUAUAACAAAGACAUGCAAGAAGAUAAAGAGCCUCUAUUUGACGCGCUUGUUACGGUGGAGCACUCAAUUUUGAUAUCUACCGGCGUGAUCUCUACGCUGGCCAUUAACAAGCAGAAAAUGUUUGGCGCGUUGACAAUGGAUAUGUUGGCCACUGAUCUGGCUGACUACCUGGUUAGAAAAGGAGUUCCUUUCAGAGAGACUCACCACAUUUCUGGUGAAGCUGUGAGCCAAGCGGAGAAGUUGAAGCUCUCCGGCAUUGACCAACUAACUGUCGCUCAAUACAAGGAAAUUGACGCUAGGUUCGGUGAAGAUGUAGUUGACGUCUUCGACUUUGAGGUUUCAGUCGAAAGAAGAACCGCUACUGGUGGUACUGCCAAGUGUGCCGUCUUAAAGCAAAUUAAAAGUUUGAAGGAGCAGCUUUAG